GUCACCUAUUCGUGAAUAAAUUAACGGCUAGUUAAAGAUGUAAAGGAAACUGAACACAGUAUUAAUUAAAAAUAAACUGGCAUUAGGAUUCAAUCUCUUGCUCUUCUUAGUUUCUAUAUGUAUGUUAACAUAAUUCAGCAGCAAAUGAAGACUGACGUCAGGAUGUGGUUUUUCCAAAAAAGAAAUUGACUUAAUAACCAGCAGAGGGCAAUAAAGACCGAUCAUCCUCAGGAAGCUCACCCGUGUGGAAAUUAUUAUACUUUCACUUUUAUUUUAACAGAUCUCGUUAAAUCCGCAGUGGUUUACAAAGUUUAGACAGAAAGCCACAGAAAGCAAGACUCAUGCAGAACUUUCACAAUGUUCAAAAUCUUCGGUCUAAUGCUGCUGUUUGGCCUUGUCUUUAGUGGAAACAAAGAUAUACCAGUGACGGGAAAAACAGGAGGCAACGUCACCCUAGCGUGUGAAUUUAUUGCCAAUAGGAUUGUUCAAGUUGAGUUAUUCAGUGAGUCAAAAGACAUAGAUAUUUGUGAGACUGAAGAAUGUAGUGGACGAGUGUUUAAAAAAGCAGCCUGUGACGUGGUCAUCAAGAAUCUGAGCUUCAGUGACGCUGGGAAAUACACUUUGAGAGUCUUUUACAAUAAUGAUCAGUCAAACGUGGCACAGCAAAAGGACCGGAUAUACCAACUUCAUAUUCAUGACGAGAUUACUGUGAAAACAGGCAAGCCACUAAAAAUGCAUGUUCUGAUGUCCAUUGCUAAUAAAGUGGAGAAAAACUCCAGUGGAGAGUGGACGGAGGUGUGGAAGAGAGGUCAUGGGGUCUGGAGUGAUCGAAUGAAUGUCAGUGAUGAAAACCUGAUCAUUAAAGCUUUUACGGACAAUGAUGCAGGAACAUACAGAGUUCUGAACUCUGAAGGAGAAAUCCUGAUCACAGUGACUGUCACAGAAUCAGGUACACAAUCAUCGGGAAAACUGGACACAGAUAAAGACAAAACUGGUGACACUGGAGAACACAAUCACUGGAUUUUGCCAGUAGGAGUGUGUUCUGGAAUUCUGGUGGUUCUGGCUGUGAUUGCUGUCAUCAUGUGGCGAUGUUGGCCCAGAAGUUACAGGCCGGCUCCAGUACAGGAGAAUCCAGAAUCCAGAGCAACCAGAGGAGUUGGGGAACCUCUAAUGAUCUUACCUGAAUGUGAUGAAACUGCACAGGAGCACUGGACACGUGGUGACACCACAGUUAUUAGAAAUUGCCUUCAACACUAACAAGAUUUUGUCAUCCUAUACUGGCAGCUAGAGGUGUGCCAUAAUAUCACUGUAUGAUAAUAUAGUAAUUGUUGCUUAAUUGAUGAGCAAACUGAUUAUGUCACUUCACAAUAGCAAAAACAAUCAUUU